AUGGCUUCUACUCCUCCCGCCUCCAGCUCGGCCUCCGACGACGCUGCCCCAGCACCCAGUACCACUUCAAAUUCGAGUAGCAACUACGGCGGCAUCGACCCGGAAGUUGAGUCGAACCUCUAUAUUCUACCAUACGUAUCCGACGAAGGUUUGCGAAGCGAUGUUACGGACCGCCGGAAAACAAUUGGAUCACCUCAGACCGACUAUUACCCGCUUCCAACUGGACUUAAUAACGUGACGCCUGCUGCCCAUGAUCCAAGAUGGUUUCUACCCAAAUACAAGAUCUGGUUCUGCGACCGCGACCUCAUGGGCAAGAUGAUUGUCGUGAGGUACGACCCGCGGAGAGGAUGCAUUGAAGGGUAUCAGCUGCUGGCCAUCAGCAAUCGCACUACAUACCAGCACUGGCCUGCCGAUACAACCGUCAUGAUCCAUGCGUUCGAGCCGAAAGUCAAGCUCCAUUUAGACAAACCGGUACUCCAGUUCUACCCGAAUUACCGAGAGCAGUCGCGCAACUUUUAUGAGGCGAUGAAGAAUCGCUUUGCCGCUGAAGUACCCAUGGUAAUUAACGACCGGUCCGAUGCCAUGUUCAGCAAUUUCCUCCUGGCUCGGCCGCUCGAUGCAGCCACGGCCACUUCGAGAAUGGGAACGCUCUUCCCAUAUGGCAAUGUUUGGCCUCCUCCAGCGAUUCCGGCUCGCCAUCGUGUGGCAGGCGUUGUCUCAGGACUGCACGGUGACGACCUCACGCCAACAGAUCUGCCGACUCGAAGAGCCGAGGCUUCUGACCAAGCCUUCCGCAUCAGACAUUGGAUGGAGAUGGCCGGUGCGCCGGCAGCGGGGCUGUUUGUCGGCGCGGGCCCUGCCGGCCUGAUACGGGCUAUUCAUGCCAAUCUUUCGGCGCGAGGCCUACCAGGAGUGCAUAUCGGCGAGGAGGUUGUCACUUACUCGACGCUGGAUCCCAUCGUCUACACGCCGACACCGCUCAAGCCAUGGCGCGGCAUUUGGGUAGGCGACUACAGCGGUCACGGCUGCGAGUUCUUGUUGAUCAACCAGCCGGACGACGAAGAAGUAUCUGACGAGGAGCUUGGUCUGGUGCGCUCUGCUGAUGAGUCGGACGACGAGUGGACACGCCGACGUACGGAUGCGAGAGUACACCGAGGCCGUUUGGAAGCAAUUAAGCUCACCGGGGACCCUAAUGUGCCCAGGGGAGAGUAUACCUUCGUUGCAGACGACCUCGGCGAGGCAGGCUUUGUAGGGCUAGCCCAGGAACCUCCCUUCCAGGGCACACGAGUUGUGAAGAGCAAGGGACAUGUGGCUGGAACCGGUUUCAUGGAAGGUUAG